AUGGAGUCGGUAUUUGAAGCAGCUUCAGCACCACUCUUUAAUGAGGAUAUUACAAAAGAGGAUGAGGAAGCUGCGGCGGCACGACAGACCGCUUCUCUCAUUCUUGGGGAUGAUGUCUUUGCCAACCUUUUCACAUCAUCUGAUUCUUCAGCAGCAGUGAAGAGCCUUCGGCAGAGGAACAGAGACAAGUACUCUGCAUCCUCCUCCAGCAACAACGUAGAAGGCUCUACCAUACUGGUGGUAGAAGAUGAUAAUAUCGCCGGUAAUGAUGUCGAUCCUCUGUUUGUUCCAAACAAUGCUGAUACUGGGGAUAACAACGACGGAGACCGCCAGUUCAUGGCCACUACCAAAGGGACACGAAAAAGGCACAACGCAGAAGCUAACAGCACCUUAUAUUAA